AUGCCGCCCGCCCGCGCCCCCAGCUCGGCUGCUGGCUCGGCCCGAUCGGCCCCGCUCCGCCCCGGCUCCGCUCCGGCUCCGGCUCCGGCUCCGGGAUCCGGCUCCCGCUCCGGCCGCGAGCGCCUGCUAAAAGCCAGUCUGGGCCGAGCCGUGCACGGGGGAGCCCUCUGCCGCCGGAGCAGGGAAGGCGCGGGCAGCGGUGCCCCGAGCAUCUCGCGGCCCCCCGCCCGGGGACACCCCGGCGCCCAGGAGCCACCGAACCACCCGACCCCAUCGCCCAGAUCGGCAGAUCGCAAGGGAAGCCAGGCUCGGAACAGCUGUCCUGGCCCCUUGGAUCCCAGUACCUUCCUGAGCUCAGACUUCCUCCUCCCUGAAGACCCCAAGCCCAAGCUUCCCCCGGUGCCAGCACCACCUCUCCUCCUCCCAUACCCCACUGCUGCCAAGGCACAGGACCUAGAGCCCUGCACCCCAUCCCCCUUCCCUCCCGUCGCCCCUCCCCCAGCUUUGUUAGCGGAGGAGCCCCUCUUCUCUGCGAGGUUCCCCUUCCCUACGGUCCCUCCCGCUCCAGGAGUGUCCUCACUUCCCGAACCCUCCACCGCCUUUGUUCCUACCCUGCAGCCUGUCCCUGGCCCGGCUCCUACUCCCUUCCCCGUAGACCGUGGAACCCCUGGGUACCCUGAGCCUGCCUUUGGGCCUCCCUUUGUAGUGCCUCAGGGCGUGCAGCCCAGAGGCAAGCCCUCCACCCCAUCGCCUGGGGCACAGAAAGCCAGCCCUCCCACCCCGGCCCCUGCCACCGCCAGCCCCGGAGUCAUGGCCAGAGACAACAACCCGUGCCUCACUCAGCUGCUCAGGGCAGCCAAGCCUGAGCAGGCCUUCGAACCACCAGCUGUGUCCAGCGCGCUCCUCCGGUCCCCAGGGUCGCCGGAGACGGUCCCUGAAUUCCCUCGUGCCUUUUUGUCCCCAACCCCGGCCCCUCCACUACCCCGACCAUCUCCAGCCCCAGCCACACUGGCCCCUCCCAGGCCCCUGAUUGUCCCUAAAGCAGAGCGGCUUUCACCCCCAGCGUCCAGUGGCAGUGAGCGGCGGCUGUCAGGGGACCUCAACUCCAUACCAGCCCCAGGGGUGCCAAGUGUCCUCGUCUCUCCCCCUCAACCCACCCUAAGCCGGGGCCGCGCAGAUAACAAGACUGAGAACCGACGCAUCACGCACAUCUCUGCAGAGCAGAAACGGCGUUUCAAUAUCAAGCUAGGCUUUGACACCCUUCACGGACUUGUGAGCACGCUCAGCGCCCAGCCCAGCCUCAAGGUGAGCAAGGCGACCACACUGCAGAAGACGGCCGAGUACAUCCUCAUGCUUCAGCAGGAGCGGGCAGCCAUGCAGGAGGAAGCCCAGCAGCUGCGCAACAAGAUUGAGGAGCUCAAUGUAGCCAUCAACCUGUGCCAGCAGCAGUUGCCAGCCACCGGGGUGCCCAUCACACACCAGCGCUUUGACCAGAUGCGAGAUAUGUUCGAUGAUUAUGUGCGGACCCGCACGCUGCACAACUGGAAGUUCUGGGUCUUCAGCAUUCUUAUCCGGCCUCUGUUUGAAUCCUUCAAUGGGAUGGUUUCUACUUCAAGCUUGCAUAGCCUUCGCCAGACCUCGCUAGCCUGGCUGGACCAGUACUGCUCGCUGCCUGCUCUCCGGCCAACUGUUCUGAACUCCCUUCGCCAACUCAGCACAACCACAAGUAUCCUGACCGACCCGAGCCGUGUGCCUGAGCAAGCCACACGGGCUGUCACAGAGGGCACCUUGGGGAGACCAUUAUAGUCCUGGCAAAACCUGCCAAGCUCCAGGGACAACUCGUGCGCACUCCUCUCCUGACGCUGACCUUGGCUGGUUUCUUCCCUGAGAGUUGAGCAGCAUCCAGGUCUUGUAGCUCCACUUCAAGGGGACGGAGAGGAGCCGAGUUCCCAUCCCUGCGCUACCACCAGCGUGAGCCUGGGCUUCACACCUGCUCUUUGGACCUCUAUGUUCCCAUCAGCAAAACUGGGAGUGGGGGAAGGUCCAAGCAAGACCCAAAGCCUUGGCAGGUGUGACACCGGGGACCUAAAACAGGCUAUUUAGGGAGCUUGGAAGAGGGAAGAGCCAGCUGUUUGACAAAGGACAUUGGCCUUGGCUCCUGAGCAGGGAGGCAGACUAGAAGACUGUCUCUCUCUGCUUUCCUGCACUGAGAUGUAGAGUCACAGCGGGGCUUUCCCUGGGUGGGGCCAGCUGAUGCCAGGAGAGACCAGGGCAGAGGCAGCCCUGAGCAAGGCAGGCAUCUUGUAUGUGUGUGGAUGCAUGUGUGUGGGUAUGGAUUUUAUAAGGAAUUCUUGAUCAAUAAAAGCAAAAACCAUAA